AUGGAUAAUAACAUCUACACUUUGGCUUUUAUACUUUUUCUAUUUUUGAAGGGUGGGGUGAUGAAAUUGAGCUCUGGGCAUAAUGGUGAUCUUGUGACUGACUUGCCUGAACAGCCUCGUGUAGAUUUUCAGCACUAUGCUGGAUACGUUACAGUCAACGAAACCAAUGGACGAGCUCUCUUUUACUGGUUCUACGAGGCCAUGACCAAUCCUCAAGAGAAGCCAUUGGUGCUGUGGCUCAAUGGAGGUCCUGGCUGCUCUUCUGUGGGAUAUGGAGCAACACAGGAGAUUGGCCCAUUUUUAGUGGACACUGAUGGCAAGGGACUUAAAUCUAACAACUUUUCAUGGAACCAAGAAGCCAACAUGUUGUUCCUGGAAUCUCCUGUUGGGGUUGGCUUUUCCUACUCAAAUACAACCAGUGAAUAUGCACUCCUGGGAGAUGACUUCACAGCUAAUGAUACUUACACUUUUCUGCACAAUUGGUUCCUCAAAUUUCCAUCAUAUAGAACAAGGACAUUUUACAUAGCUGGGGAGAGCUAUGCAGGAAAGUAUAUUCCAGAGCUGGCUGAACUCAUCCACGAUAGAAACAAGGACCCUUCCCUUCACAUUGAUCUCAAGGGCAUUUUGCUGGGCAACCCUGAAACAUCUGAUGCUGAGGAUUGGUUAGGUCUAGUUGAUUAUGCUUGGAGCCAUGCAGUGGUAUCUGAUGAAACUUACAAAACAAUCAGAAGUAGUUGUGACUUUAACAGCAGUGAUCCAUGGAGUAAUAAAAAUUGUAGCAAAGGAGUGGAUGAAGUACUCAAACAGUACAAUGAAAUUGAUAUCUACAGCCUCUACACCUCUGUCUGCUUUGCCAGCACAGCGCGUUCAAAUGAUCAAACCAUGCAAAUGGUCAUGAAGUACUCAUCUAAAAUGCUGCCUCGGAUCAUGGGUGGUUAUGACCCAUGUCUGGAUGACUAUGCUAAAACUUUUUAUAAUAGACCAGAUGUUCAGAAAGCCCUCCAUGCCAGUGACGGUCACAAUCUGAAGAAUUGGAGCAUUUGCAACCAACAAAUAUUCAAGGGCUGGAAACAAUCAAAACCUUCUGUUAUCCCAAUUUACAAGAAGCUUAUUUCAGCAGGACUUAGGAUUUGGGUUUACAGUGGAGACACCGAUGGUAGAGUGCCAGUGUUGUCUACAAGAUACAGCUUAAAUAUGCUAGGUUUGCCUAUUACUAAGCGAUGGAGGCCUUGGUACCAUGAAAAGGAGGUUAGUGGGUGGUAUCAAGAAUAUCAGGGACUUACGUUUGCGACAUUUCGAGGAGCUGGCCAUGCAGUGCCCUGUUUCAAACCAAGCAACUCACUGGCAUUGUUCUCUUCCUUUCUUCUCGGAGAAUCACCACCCUCCACAAAAUAA